CUUCCUUCGAGCAUAGACAGCUCAAUCCGGAAUCAGACAAAAAAUGCAGGGACUUGGUUUCUAAACAGCAGUAAAAAACAAGAGCGAGAGAGUAAAUGUCAAAUUGAAGACAGCAUUGAAAGAGAAACGGCGAUUUCUCGGGGCGUAUAUAUACACGCAUACCGCUUUUCGCUUCAAAUUUCGUCUCCGCCCACAUACAUAUAUACAGACACAGCAUAUACAUACAAAUACAUACACAAUAACAGGUCCGCAUCCAUUGCUUUCGGGCAGCAGGUCCAAUGGCUCCUCCAAUGAAAAUCGUGUUUGGAUUGCUUACUCUUGUAACUCUCGGCAUGAUCUUAGGAGCUUUGGUUCAACUAGCGUUCAUCCGAAAGCUCGAAGAUUCUACAGGGUCCGAAUUUCCUUCACUCAGGAGAAAGCAUGUACGCGGUAAUUUAGGCAAUCUCAAACUGCCAGGAUUUUCUCCCUGGGCGAAUGACAAAGAUGCAAUAACUUUACGUGUUGGUUAUGUCAAACCAGAAAUAAUAAGCUGGUCACCUCGCAUUAUCGUGUUACAUGAUUUUUUAAGUAGGGAGGAAUGUGAUUACCUUAGAGCACUUGCAAAGCCUCGACUUCAAGUUUCAACUGUUGUAGAUGCCAAAACAGGAAAGGGAAUCAAGAGUGAUGUGAGGACAAGCUCUGGUAUGUUUUUGAACUCCAAGGAGAGGAAGUAUCCAUUGAUACAGGCGAUCGAAAAACGAAUUUCUGUAUACUCUCAAAUACCAGUUGAGAAUGGAGAGCUCAUUCAAGUGUUACGGUAUGAAAAAAAUCAGUUCUACAAGCCCCAUCAUGACUACUUCUCUGAUACGUUUAACUUAAAGCGCGGAGGUCAAAGAAUUGCAACAAUGCUUAUGUAUUUAACUGAUAAUGUUGAAGGGGGAGAGACAUUUUUUCCAAUGGCUGGUUCCGGGGAGUGCAGCUGUGGAGGGAAAAUGGUUAAGGGAAUGUGUGUUAAACCUAAUAAAGGAGAUGCGGUGCUUUUCUGGAGCAUGGGGCUAGAUGGUCAGUCGGAUCCAAAUAGCAUACAUGGUGGCUGUGAGGUACUGGGAGGUGAGAAGUGGUCAGCUACAAAAUGGAUGAGGCAGCGAACUGCUUCCUAGUUUUACAAAGCUCUUGCUGUAACUGUAUAUUGUCUUGGCUUAAUAUACAUAGAUGUAGAAAAGCAAUUGAUUUUGAUAAACGAGACCAGUGAAGUAUUUUAAAAGAACAGAGUUAUAGUUUUAACCAGCACAA